AUGAGUGAUAAUCAUCAAUAUCCAUUUUGUCAUGAAGAUAUAUCAACAGAAAAUGCAAUGCGAGAACAUUUAUGGAUGUGUGCAAGUAAAACUGAACAAUGUUCUCGAUGUUCAAAAUAUAUUGAACGAAUGUUCUUUGCUUAUCAUCAAGAUACUAAUUGUCAAAAUCCUUCUCUAACGGAUUUUUCACAAACUAAUUCAAAUCCAAAGAAAACAAAUGUGAUAACUAAAUUUGGAAAUUUAUUAGAACAUUUAAAUAAUGAAUUAGGUGAACGUGUUUAUUCAUCUGAAAUCAAACAUCUCAAAGAAAAACUUGAAUCUAUAUUAUAA